CAAAGUGAAGUUUCAAAAGUUCAAUUUCCUCUUGUUGCCUUUCUUUGAAAUUCUCCUUACAUCUGCUAUGACUUUUUCUCAACGCGAUUUCGCACAAGUUGCUUAAACCAUAUUAUACCAUCCCCAUUCCCUUCUCUAACUUCAACACACGCACUGAAUUUCCUCAGAAUAAAAUUUAUACAACAAGAUCAUUGUUUCUUCAAAGGCUUUCAUAGAGAAAUUGUUGUAGAAAAUGUUUGGUUCAAAGAAAUCUCCUUUGAAAGAUGCUAAACCUAGUUCUAAUGAAGACAAAAAGUAUAAACCUUCAAGGAAGAUUUCUUCUGAGUAUAACUUAGUUCAGGGAGAAACUAAUACCAAUCCGUUUGAUGACGGUGAUGUUCAUCAUGUCCGAUCUUCGUCGUCGUCUUAUGCUCCGUCGUAUGGAAAUCGGAACAUGUAUAAGAACGAUUUCCGUGAAUCUGGGGGAUUGGAGAGUCAGUCAGUGGAGGAUUUGGAGAAUUAUGCUGUUUACAAGGCGGAAGAGACUACGAAAUCGGUAAACAAUUGUCGGAAGAUAGCGGAGGAGAUGCGAGAGGAGGCUUCCAAGACGUUGGUUAUGUUGCAUCAUCAAGGCGAGCAGAUUACAAGGAGUCACGAUAUUGCUGCUGGCAUUGACCAUGAUUUAAGUCGGGGAGAAAAGCUUUUGGGAAGUCUUGGUGGCAUGUUCUCCAAAACAUGGAAACCGAAGAAGACCGGCGUAAUAAAAGGCCCAACCAUAUUUUCCGAUGAUCCGGUCCGAAGAAGCGCCAACCACUCUGAGCAACGAGAGAAGUUGGGAUUGAAUUCUGCCCCUAAAGGACAGUCAAACCCAAGAAGAGCCAUUUCGGAGCCAACUAAUGCAUUUGAAAGAGUCGAGGUUGAGAAAGGGAAGCAAGAUGAUGCACUAUCUGAUAUAAGUGAUUUGUUGGGAGAACUUAAAGGCAUGGCCAUUGACAUGGGAUCUGAAAUUGACAAGCAAACCAAAGCCAUAGAUGGAUUUGAAAAGGAUACCGAGAAGUUGAACGACCGCAUGAAUGGCGCCAAUCGACGCACUCGUCAUUUACUUGGAAAAUAGGGAUGCAUAUCAUCAUUUCAUCAGAUUGAUUCAAACUUUUGCUACUUUUCAUUAUUUGAUUGGAGAUUCCAACCUUAUAAAAAACACUAGUUUCAUUUUAUGUAUAAUCCACUUGUGAAAAUAACUUCUUUUUCUUGAAAUAUAUUGUAUAUUGAUAUUGAUUUGGGUUUA